GUUUCUGGCGUAAAAAGAAGCGCCUCAGCGCGCCGUUUUUUGGCUUGUCAACCGAAACCACGCAACAUUUUUCGCUCGAAAUAUUUUACAAAACGUAUCAAUUUCCUAAUGUACUAUUCAAUGGAACGUAGAAAUAGAUGCGCCGUACAAAGUUAAGUGAUAUUCAACACAAGUGAUAAGUUAAAACGGACUUAUAAGCGUUUUCCCACCGUAGUGACCCGCGAACUCUCAACAUGCCUCUGUUAAAAAGGAAAGCAUUUGAGAAAUCAAAGGCGUCGGAGUACCUCAGGGAUGAUGAUGAAGUCUUCCACUGCGAGAUCACCGAUGAGAUAUUCAAAGAUUAUGAGGAAUACUGUGAAAGAAUCAUUCUUGUUAACUCCAUGGUGUGGACAUGUGAGAUGACAGGGAAGAAUAAUUUGACAUACUCAGAGGCUUUACAAAGUGAGAAGGCAGCGAGGAGAGCUUUGAAAGACUUUCCAAUGGAGCUCCGUAUACCAAUACUGUUCCUUGCAAUGCAGACUAAGAGGUGUUCCUUUGCUGAGAUGACUGAGGAUGUGUUCAAUUUUGUGAGGGACAGGUACUUUGUUGGGGAGACUGUAGAGGCUUGCCUGGAGGGGGACCAAUGGAGUGAGGCCCACAUACUGUCCGUCACAGCACAGAAACAACACCCAGACAGCAAAGCCCUCCUACCAGCUUCAUCAUACUGCUACGAGGUAGAGCAGUAUGACGAAGAGAACCCGACCUCCACCGGCCAGAUCGGAACGGCGCCGUUCGACCGUCUGCGCCGGCGCAAGGGCGUAUACACUCGCGACAAAAACCGACUCUUCCUCAAACAGUUUGUAGAGAAUGGCGGGGAAGGAGUUAUUGUUAUUAAGAAAUCAGCACAAGAAAAAUACAGUAUAAGCAAAGUGAGCUUUGACCAAAUAUUCACGGGCAUUCCACCAGUGUUCCCAUCAUCUAAGAAGCUGUUGAAGUCACCACCAGCUGGCAAGAGCCAGGCCAAGCCGGGCUCUGCUUCCAAAUUGAACAAGUCCCUUAAAAAAACCAGUCCCACUAAAGGUCGACAGGAGUCCAUGGACAAGUUUGUUAAGAAGACUGAUAAGGCUGAAGCACAAAAAUUCAAGCCGCCUGCUGACCCAGCAGCCAAGAAGAGUGCACAAGAAUUAGCAGAGAAAAUGCGCAGAGCAGAGGAUCAGAUGCGACAGCGUAAAGAAGAAGAGAGGGCCAAGAAGAAGGAGAAAACUGCACGGUUGCAGGCUUACAUGAAGGAGUGGCAGAAAGUGAAGGAUGAUACGGAGUUAGAAGACCAAAAGAUGAUUCCAAAAGGGACUCCAAUAGACGUGGAAGGCAUCCCUCAUCAGCAUUUCGGCGACUUCCUCUCCGUCCUAGAAUUCGUGCACAUAUACUCCGAGAUCCUCAAGGUCAAGGACGUUUUCCACAACCAGCUCGACCUGGAGACCUUCAGGAAGGCUUUGACUCAAAAAGAACACGCUGGCGUGUUCAGUGACCUGAUACAAAUGUUUCUGACUACGAUUUUCUCUUUACAAGAGGAUGAAGCUGAAGAGUAUAAUGAAAAUGGUGGCAUACAACUGUCUACUGAGGAUCAACAUAUAGACAGCGAUAUGGGCGUCACAAAGGCCAUGGAGCUCGCCACUAAAGCCAGCAAAUGGUCACAGACCUAUCUAGGAACACCACUCAGCAAACUGCCUCUCGACCCCACCACAGUCAGUGAAGUUUUAAGACUGCACCUGCUGUCGUCGGGCGCGGGCCCGGGCGCGCGCUGCGCGUCGUGGCGCUACCAGGCGCGCGGCGGCUACACCAGCGCGGACGACGCGGGGCUGCGCCUGCGCGUCACGCAGCCGCGCCUGCUGCGCGCGCUCGCCCGCGCGCACGUGGCCGACCUGCCGCUAGAGGAUAAGUUUUUGGUGCUGCAGUGUCUAAUGAACCAAAUACUAAGUUACGCGACGGUGCGAGACGUCAUCGAAGAGAAACUCGAGGAAAUGAAGAACACGAAACAGGCGCUAAGGCUGUUACAGACAAACGAACGUAAACGCGAAGUCCAAGUCCAAGCCGCGAAACAAGAGCUAAAGAAGGAAGCAGCAGCCAAGAAGGAGGAGAACAAGCUGAGCGGCGAGAAGGCGCGCGCCGUGGACGAGGAGACGAAGGCAGCCAUCGAGAAGCUGACGGCGGACAGCGAGGAGAAGAGAAAGGAGUACGAGAAGAAGCUGCAGGAGCUGCAGACUGAGCUGUUCGAGUACAUGUCGUAUGUCGGAUCUGACCGCGCUUUCCACCGCUACUGGGUGAUGCGGUCGCUGGGCGGGCUGUUCGUGGAGGCGGGCGCCGAGCCGCGCGGCGUGUGCGGCAAGCCGCUGCUGCCCGCCGGCGACACCGACACGCUGCAGCAUGUGCAGGCGCUCUUCGAGCAGCAGAAGGAACGAGCCGGUAGCGACAAAGAGAACGAGUCGGGCUCAAAUUCCCGCGGCAAUUCUCCUAAAAAGCCGCUAGCCAACCUGAACGGGUUGUCGCAGAAGCUCAAUGGGCUGGAAUCCAACACGCAGCAGCUGCGAGACCUGCUCAUGUGUACAGGAGACGCUGCUACCUGCCUCGUGCAUGGAAAGUCGGAGCGGCCGCGCUGGUGGGUGUACCACUCGGGCGCGGCGCUGGACGCGCUGGCGGGCGCGCUGAACCCGCGCGGGCUGCGCGAGGCCGAGCUGCGCGCCGCGCUGCUGGGCGAGCGCGCGCGCCUGCUGCCGCACCUCGACCGCUGCCCCGUGCAUCUGCUCAACCCCGCCGCCGCGCCCGCCCCGGCCGUCCCGACGCACUACACGCGGCUGCGCAAGCCGCAGCUGUCGCUGGCGGUGCCGGCGGACUGCUCGCUGGCGGAGGCGCUGGAGCUGUCGCUGCGGGACCACAUCCUCGAGCUGGAGGAGAAGAUCUUCCACGGCUGCCUCGGCGCGCUCAAAGUCAAGGACCGCGAGGCCUGGCGCGGCACGCUGAUGCUGCGCGGCUACGACAAGCAGGCGGAGUUCCUGACGUGGGGCCCGCGCCAGCAGUACCGGGACGACUACCACCUGCCCGACGGAGAGCUGCACGUGCCCGACGACAUGGAGGAAGAGGAGCGGCAGUCCAUCGCUUUAAACAAAUACCGCGACCCGGGGCACUACCUGGAGGCGCCGCGCAACGGGCUCAACGGCCCCGGGCCGGCCUCCGCCGCGGCCCCGGCCCCGGCCCCGAGCGGCCCCACAGUCCGCGCGCUGGCCUCGGCCCUGCUGCAGGUGUCGCGCGCCAUCCACCACAAGUACCUGCGCCGCCCGCUCGGACUCGACGACAAAGAACGAAAGGACCGUGAAGCAAGAAAUAAGCCCUUAGACCUGGAAGCCCUGGAGCGAUGGGAGGUAUCCCUCAUGGAGUGCAAGAGCCUGUCGCAGCUGGUACUGCACCUGUUCACGCUAGACUCCAGCAUCACGUGGUCAGCCAGCAUCCUCAACGCAAGCUGCCGGCUGUGCAGGCGCAAGACAGACCCCGACAACAUGCUGCUGUGCGACGGAUGCAAUAAGGGACACCAUCUAUACUGCUUGAAGCCCAAACUUACCAAAGUGCCAGAAGGCGACUGGUUCUGCGACCAGUGCAAACCCAAAGAACGAACACCUCGGAAGAGAAGGAAACUCUUCUCCGACGAUGAUAUAGAAGAAGAAUUAGAUAGCAGCGCGGCGGACGCGGACGUGGACGCGGGCGUGUGCGGCGGCUGCGGGUCGGGCGGGCGCCUGGCGGCCGGCUGCGGCGGCUGCGGCGCGCGCUACCACGCCGAGUGCGCCGAGCCCCGCCCCGCGCGCGCCGCGCGCCGCUGGCUGUGCGCCGCCUGCCGCAAGCCGCACAGGGACUCAGACGACAGCGAAGACAACACGGCGCUGGUGAAGCUGAAAUCACGACGCUCGCGCGCCAGCAAGGAGUCCUCACCAGUUCACAACGGAGGGGCGAAGAGGGGGAGGAAAUCAAAAAGUAAUGAAGAAAUCAACACAAGCGGACACAGCGGCAGAAGAUCAAAGAACUCGCUCACAAAUGGUGUCCAUGAGGAUCGACCAGCGCGAGAGAGCAGCCGCAAGCGCGGGCGGCGCGCGUCCCCCGCCCUGCACGCCGACCUCAUGCAGCAGCUGCUGCGGGACGUCAUGAAGCACAAGGAUUGCUGGCCCUUCUACGAGCCCGUGUCGCUGGAAGAUGUACCUGACUACCUAAGCGUGAUCGAGCAGCCGAUGGACUUCUCGACGAUCCGCAACAAGCUGGAGGCGGGCGAGUACGACACGGACGACGACCUACUCGGCGACGCCGCGCUCGUCUUCCUCAACUGCUACACCUACAACAAGGACUCGCAUCCUGUCGCCAAAGCCGGCAACCGUCUAGAGAAAUACAUGAACAAGCGUUGUUUGGAGCUGGAGCUCCCGCAGCUGCCCGGCAUCGAGGUGGAGGACGAGGAGCAGGGGCAGGAGGCCGCGCGCAAGCGGCCCGCCGCGCCCGCCGAGGGGCCGCACAGCAAGCGCGCCAGGCUCUGCUGAGCAGGGACAGCUAGCUGGGGGCUUGCGGCUAUGGCGGUCUUACAAAGAGCUUACCGUUGUCUCAUGUUUAGUUAAGUUCAGUCUUAUAACAAUAACCAUGACGAUACCACUGAAAUCAACCAAAUAUUUGACCCAAUGUGGAUCGCUGUACAAAUACUUACGUUUCUAUCUACAAAUAUUCAUCAUUUUCAAAUGUAAAUACAUUAUAUCCAAAAAGAUUUUCAAUACAGCGGUUUAUUCAAAUCCUACUUUUCACUUUAACAAAAAUUUGGAAAGUUCAAAGCAUUUAUAACGACCAAAUAUGUCUUGCAAAGUAUUAUUCGUGAGGUAUUAUCAUAACAAAAUAUAGAAGUAACUAACAGAUGCAAUUCUUGUUCAUUGCCUGGUUCUAAAAGUUGUACAAAAUCAUAAACAAUUUGCCGACCACAAUUUGCACAGAACCAUGUUCUGCAAUCGUAGAUCAUUUUCUUAUAGAUACCGCAUGUGUAACAUUGUAUAUGCGUACGAGUGUACUACAUUUUGAGAAGUUGGCUCGUAUGCGGAAUCUAUUAAGAGGUUAUCUAUGUCUGUGUCUAAUACAUUUUUUUACUUAAACUCCAGAAAAAUGGACGUGGGAAUUUUAUUAAAUGUUUACUAAUUCAAAAAACUAUAAAUUCGGAAUUUUGGAGUGAAUACUUAUCAGUAAAUACGUCAAAAAACUAACAAGAAAACAAUGUAAAAAAAUUAUAAGUGAUAUUGUUAAAUAUAACAAAAAAAUGUCUGUAUAUUUGCUGAUACUGAUAAAUUAUUUGUUAUUAAGAUGUCGCCGUGUUCGGCGUUUGUGUAGGACAUGUAUCACGUUGUAAAUUACUAGGUGUAAUGUCAAUUGUAGCGUUAUUAAAGACGGCAAGCUUUAUUAAUGAUAUAAGUGAGACUCUGAGCUAACAAGUUAUAUCGAGUAAUUUAAUGUGUAAAUUUGUAGUUAGUUGUGGUUAGUAGUACCACUUUUAGAGCUGUCAUUUUAUUUCAUAGAAUAAUGCACCUUAAAACCUAUUAGAUACAGAUCUGAUUGCUUUGUGUUAUUUUAACCUUUGAAUAAUAGAUGCGUUAUGUUGGCUUGCCCGAUUAGUAGGAUCCAAAAGAAUAUAGCUAGCAGCAGCUAUGAGCAAUCCGAACAUUUCACAUUGACACAUUAUCGUGACUAUUAAAUGUGGUACUACUAAAUAAUUGCCUUUGUCUUGCUGUCGACAAGUAAAUUGUAUACAUUCCCUAUAGCAUUACUAUGAAAAUAUAAUGAAAACUAUGUAUAGGCGUACUCAAACUCUCGUAACCAUAACUUUAAAACACACUAACAAUCGAAUCCAUUUUCAACAGUCUUCCAAUAUUUACUCCGGAUUCUGAAAAGCAAAUCGAUUUCGACAGUUACCAGCCUUUGAUUGACUGUAUGCAUAGCCGAGUGGUUUAGGUUAUCACAUGAAACCUACCGUGCGCGACAAGUCGUGAGGGCGAUCCUCGUACAGGACAAACAUGUGUGAAAUCAACAAAUGUUUUUCUGUCUGGGUGUCUUGUGUAUGUAACUUAAAUUCUUGUGCUAACCGUCGCGACACAAAGAAAAUAAAAUUGAUUUCUGAUAAACUUUUCAGAAGUCAGCGGUAAGUUUCAAUGUUUUAACAAUGCAGUAAUAGGAGCUGUUCUUAUAAUAAAUUAAUAACUAGAACAACAGUGUGUACACACAUUUUGACGCCCAAACAAUUAAUCUAGAUACUAGAAUUCUGUAAAUGUGUGUAAAUAAUUUGUACUGUCUAGAAAAUAAACAAGUUGAGAAUUUUUAAAGCUAGUUACUUUUUGCUGUCCAUCUAAAUGUUUUCUUAAGUAAUUGUUAUUGCGUUGUAAAUUACAUGUAGAUGUUAACGACAGUCUACGCAUGUGUUCAAUGUUCAAUAGUUUUUCAAGCCAAAGUAAUCAAAUGCAUUUAUAAAACUGGUCAGUCUUUCCCAAUAAAUGAAAGACCACACUAUUUUUAUAUAUCCAACACUACAAAAUUACACUGCACAUCAUACUAAAAAAAAAAGUUUAAUUAAUCAUAAAUAAUGAACUUGCUUCUUGUGUGUUUUGUUUUACAUAUUUUCUGUGUCAAUUUCCACUGCAUUUUUCCUUUCGUUCUGGUUUUGAAUUAAUUACGUAUCUGAUUAGCACUGCGCAAGUUGUAUCCAAUUCCAUUAACAUUUAAUUAAAAAUAAUAAAUUCUUGCUUUGUUUGUUGUAUAUGUACAUAAGUCUAUUCAAGUGUAACAGUACCUAAUGUUUUUAACAAGCGAGUGUAGCAUAUCGACUGACUAAUACGCGGUAUAGUGUGUAAAGGAGCAUUGAAGACGCAUUUCCGAAGCUUAUUUGUACGAACGCAAAGCCAGCGAAGACUACUGUGUGCUAGCCUGUAGACAUUACUUUUAGUUUUAAAAUUUUUAGUGCAUAAGUUUGAACCUAGUUUUACUUUAUCCAACACUUAAAUCUCGUGUUUUCGAUCAAUCGAACUCAAAGUUGUGUUAUGUUUUGCUAAAUUUUAUUUGUUUUUUUUUUAGUUGAACAAGAUUGGUCUUUUACCUGAGGCAUAGCCGGUCUUUUAUUUGAUAUUAAGGAAGAACGAUUGUAUUCCAGUGGACAUGGUUUGCAUGAAAUUAUUUGAUGGUGAUUUAAAUACUCAUGUCUUAUUGUAACUUGUUACUAGUUUUGUGAACAGCCAUGUCGUACAGUACUUAUACAAAUUAUGUUCUUCAAUAAGUAUUAUACUAGUGAGCUCUCGCUGGAGGACAGUCAGUGUUGAUUAACAGUGUGCUGUCAGUUGUUGAUUAGACAAUAAAUUGUUCCAGUGCAUUCCUACAUAAUAAACUUGUUCUCAGUGAUUUGUUUUCCGUAAUAAUGAUGAUCAUUUUGUCUGCGAUUAUUUAUUUACGUAAUUUAUAAGUUUUAUAUUAAUUUAUAUUGUAGUGAAUAAAGCACCCACGUACAGUU